UGCGCUCGCCGGGCACCGCGGCCUCGCCCUCGCCCUCCGCCCCUGCGCCUGCACCGCGUAGGCCGCCCCCCCCCCCCCGCGCGCACCCCGUAGACGACCCCCGCCCGCAUCCCGGCCGGCCCCCCCUUUCCAAAUUUAAAGGGGGCGCAGCAUUAACGCCUCCCGCCUCGGGUGACCUCUUAGGGGUCUCCCCGCCAGAGGUGCCCCGCCGCUGAGGAACAUGGCGAAGGUGGAGCAGGUCCUGAGCCUCGAGCCGCAGCACGAGCUCAAAUUCCGAGGUCCCUUCACCGAUGUCGUCACCACCAACCUGAAGCUUGGCAACCCAACAGACCGGAAUGUGUGUUUUAAAGUGAAGACCACGGCACCACGUAGGUACUGUGUGAGACCCAACAGUGGGAUCAUCGAUGCAGGGGCCUCGAUUAAUGUCUCUGGCUGAAUGGUUUCUGACAUUAGGCUCAUGUCAUUCCCGAUGAUUGGUAACUGCACUUUACUGAUUGUGAAAAGCUUGGGGAGAUGAGAGCCGAGGAGACUGGAAUAUAUUCAAGGGCGUAAGUUUUGUGCGCGUCUGAUGGGUGUUUCUUUUCCUGUCUGAGGAUGCAUAUCUUUUCCAAAGUCCAACUUCUGAAAAGAUGCUGGUCAAGUGCCCGGAUUGAGAAUUAAGGAGAUGGGAGCGAUGGAUUUGAGUAUAAAUGUCUUUUAGAAAUGGAAUAAACUUGCAGUGAGCGCAUCAGAACUUCUGGAUCCAGCGUGCCUUCUGUCUUUGUGGCGGGGCUGGCGGGGGGUGGUUAUCCUGUACGUUUCAGGAGACUUUGUGUCACAGAGGCUUCUGCAUCAUUAGAGGCUGCUGCUCGUUUGAAAUGGGUACCUGACUGGCUUUUUCCACAACAGAUUUUGAUUGUGAUGCAUUUGGCUAUUCAUUUGAUACCUAAAAGAAAACAAUUCGCCUCUUUGGAAAGAUAUAAGGUGUUUCAUUAUCUGAUCAUUUCUGCAAACUCUUAUUCCCCACAUCCUUUGGUCUUUCUCAUUAUGGUGCUCCGACGCCAGCUAUCUCCCUGUGUGCUUCUCUCUGAGGCUGCAAGACCUGAUCUGGACUCUUGAAUUGGGUUGUUAUCCAGGAAGUCAGGAGGGUGAGAGCCAGGUUUUAUCGAGGGUCUCCUUUGUGCUGGGCCAGCGCACACGUUAUCUCACAUAGUUUCUGUUGUCUGCCCUGUGAGGAAUGCAUCAUUACCUGCCUUGUACUGAGAAAGAGACCAGUGGCUGUAGGCUCAUGAAGCUAGCGAGGGACAGAGCCAAGGUGUGGAUCAUUCUGUCUGGCUCUGCAGCCCAGACUGGACUUGAGCACGCUGGGAAGAGGAAGGGGUCUGAGAUGUUGGCAUUUCUGUACCCCUUGGAUCCAUAUGGUUUCAGUUGGUCUGUUGAAAUCCAGGGUAGCUGAAAUCUUUUGUUCCUUUUUAUUGACUUACUUUUUUCUUCUUCAUUUCUUUGCCCAUAUCAGAUUUGAGCCAGGUUGUCAGUAGAUGAGAAUUACCAAUUUUCACAGUGAAUAAGGGGGCAGCAACAUGGUUUCUCAAUAAAAUAGCCUCAACGGGUGGUUGUACAGCGUAGGUGUGCUUUCCAGUAUUAAAUAUAAGUGUGUGUGUGUGUGUGUGUGUGUGUGUGUGUGUGUAUCUCAGAAAGAGUCCUCCUUCCCCCAUCACAGGAAUGUUUUUUAGAGUGAUAACCCUGGGCAUUUGUUUUGAUUUAUAAUUACCUGCUUAAGGAAAACCCAAGAUUCUGUGGUCGUGGGCUUUCUCUUGCACACAAGAAGGUAAGGUACGGAGAGUGGGUGUGAUUAUCUAGCGUCACGUGGGUGAUUAGUGGCACAGUUGGUGUUCGAAACCAGCCUCGCUCCUGAUUCAGUGACGCUUCUGUGAUGGGCAGCUGCCUCCACAGCGUCGUCACGGGUUCUCAACACGGAAUGUAUCUGGGGGGACGUUACUGAGUCCUGAAAUACCCAUGUGUCUGCAGGCCUUACUCCUAGAUGAAUCAAGAUGAUGUCCGCACACGAGAAAGGGCUCCCUUGUUUUUGUUCGGUGUGUGUUUAUUCAGUGCUUGAGGUGCCCGUGGGUGAAAGCAGAUGUCAUCGCAUCUCUGGGUCGGCGUCUCCAGUUGGCAGAGGAGGCUUGUGCCGUCUGUUGAGGGGCCAUUGUGUCAUCUAUCACACCUUUGUAUCUUGAGGUGAAAAGCCCUGGGCUCCUCCAGGGUCCUCUUAAAAUGCAGCUAUAUGAUGACCCCUCAGUGAGUACCUAGAGUUUCUGGGUUCCUUUGGGAGAGGAACCCUCCUCAGGACCAGAAAGACACCUGCAGACAGGCAGUGCAGAGUGUCCAAAGGCCCGCCUUCCCUUUUCCCCAGGUGUGCACGCGGCCGGGCUUGGUGCCGCCCGCUGUCCUCAAAGCUCACUAGAUUUGGGAGCUGGGAACCUGAGCAGAAAGCGUGGCGGUGCUGUUUAGCCUGUUGGCCGAUCUUUGGCUGCUCCACUCCUGUCUCUAGUUGGUAAUUUUCUCAUUGGUAAAACGGAAGGACUAGUAUCUACCGCACAGAGUGUUUCCCAGGGCAUGGUGCGAGAGUGUGACGGCAUUAUCUUCCCCCUGGUUUUGACGAAAACUGGCUGGUUUUGGUUGAAGGGGAUUGUACCUAUUUGAAGGAUACCUUUCUAGAAAUAAAUUCAUUCCAUACGUUUUAUUAAUUAACGGAGUUUUUCUAAUUUUCAGAAGAGAGACGUGUUUUUUUUCUUUCUAUGGUACGCAUUUGUCUUCUAGUGAAAUCUCAGAUAUAGUCUGUAGAAAGGUGGUCGUCACAUCAGCUUCAGACAUUACUACCAGUGUUGCCCCGUGUACCACACGGAGUGUCACAGCACGCCUGGAGGGGGCAUGCCUAGUGCAAGAUUUCUCUCCCGCUUCUGAAAACUCUUGGGAUGCGCUCUUAGGGAAGGUUAUAAAUCAUUCUUUGAGAGAGUGGGGCGGGAAGGAAAGAGGAGGAGGAGGAGGAUGUCCACCCAGGUAGCUGGCCAGAGGGAGCGAGGUUUUGAAGGCACACAAAUCAGGGUUGUAUCGGGGGAGGAGGCGAGACUUUGUAGUUGUCAGAUGUCUUCCCAACACACCCUGCGAAGCUCUUCUCAGCUUUCAGGUAGGCUGGACACUCAAGGGAGCUUACACUGUGCGUCAGAACUCCACACUCUGACCUAUCCCGUUAUUGUCUUCAGAAGAUGGCAAAUUACUUACUGAGUCCUGAAAAAAUAACAGUUCUGUUUUAUAAACCUAGGUGGGAAAGUAAUGGUUGGAAACAGGCAUAACAAAUGUUUUGGAAUGUGUUGGAAACACACAUAACGAAUGUGUGGAUUUCUCAAAGGGAUGAUCUGUGGUCUGGUCACCUGGGUCUAGGGUGGGAGUCCUUUUCUUUGUCCUUUCUGUAGAUGCUCGUCUCAGCCCAUUCUUCUCGAGGCCCGUUCUGGGAUCUGUGCCUGCCGGACGAGGCAGUGUGGCAGGUGAGGGGUGCGGAGAGCUUUCUGUUGGCGUGAAUUGGCCCCGAGUGCCGUGGUUUUGGCCCUUGCUCCUCGAUACACACCAUCUACUAGAGAUGGUUUUGAAUUAUUCAAAUCUGGACCUCAGCAAAAUAGCUACACUUAAAUGGAGAUUGCAGAAGAGGAGAUUGGAUUCCCCCCCCCCCCCCGCCCUGAGAUUUUAAAUGCAAGGAAAAUAGAACUUUUUGAAUUAAUGAAUUGUUUGAAGCAGUGGGGGGUCUCCCCAUUUGUUCUAGCUUUACAAAAUUAAAUCUAUUUUCUGAACUGUCUGGUGGGAAAAUAUUUUUAAGGGAGAUAAUUUCUGAAAAUGUCUUUGUGG